UCUCACAGCCCUGUGCGUUUGUGAGCAGUUCAAACCGACACGAUUAUUGUUCACGCUUUUACAGCUUUGCACUUUGUUGGACUUUUCAUAUAGGACUUGCACAUCUGCCCACGGCUGGCGUAGUUCAAGAGAGGCGGCGCGUCUUGUGUGUUUGUAAAGGGGGUUUUCACUUUUGAUUCGCAUCUCUUAAAUAAUAAUAAAAAAACAAAACAAAGGAUCAUCCAAAGUGGAGCUGUGGUCACUGGACAGAGUGUGAGGUGUGAGGAGAUAAGAGGAAGAAGACAAAGAAGACAAAGAAGAUAAGAGGAAGAAGACAAAGCCUGAACACAGGAGAGCACUGUGAAGAGAGAGAGAGAGAGAAGAGAAACAGCAUCAUGGGGAAACAGAACAGUAAGCUGCGGCCGGAGGUGCUCAACGAUCUGCGCGAGAACACCGAGUUCAGUGAGCACGAGCUGCAGGAGUGGUAUAAGGGCUUCCUGAAGGACUGCCCCACAGGUCACCUCACUGUGGACGAGUUCAAAAAAAUCUACGCCAAUUUCUUUCCAUACGGAGACGCCUCCAAAUUUGCCGAGCAUGUCUUCAGAACAUUCGACACUAAUGGUGAUGGGACUAUUGACUUCAGAGAGUUCAUUAUCGCACUGAGUGUGACGUCACGAGGGAAGCUGGAGCAGAAGCUGAAGUGGGCCUUCAGUAUGUAUGACCUGGAUGGCAAUGGUUAUAUCAGCCGAGCAGAGAUGUUGGAAAUCGUACAGGCAAUCUAUAAGAUGGUUUCAUCUGUGAUGAAGAUGCCAGAGGAUGAGUCCACUCCAGAGAAGAGAACUGACAAGAUUUUCAGACAGAUGGACACCAAUAAAGAUGGAAAGAUUUCUCUGGAGGAGUUUAUUAAAGGUGCCAGGAGCGACCCCUCGAUCGUCCGCCUCCUCCAGUGUGACCCGAGCAGUGCCAGUCAGUUCUGAGUGGAACAACCACAGUACACUAACAGUGUUCACUCGAGUCCAAAGUGAACAUGGUAAGUGUUUGUGUAAGCAUAAGAAUGUGGUUGUUGUUGUUAUCAUCACAUUUACUAAUUUCUCAGUGGCAUUAGGGACCAAUUUUGAAAUGUGAAUGCUAAAUGGAGGUCAGUGAGCACUUUUAUCAGUCCUAUUACCUGUCACGUAGACUAAAAACUACAACUUGUUAUAGACUGGGAAUAUUUUGUUGUGUAUGUUGUGUAUGUAUGUAGUAUAACAGCAGGUCAUAAUGGGAAAUGUUUAGAGAAGAGAAGCACUGCUUGGAAUUAUGUUCAUGAUUAGCCCUGAAACUAGGGGUCUGAUUUACUAACAUUUUAAGUAAAGAGGCUAAAUUGUGUGUGUGUGUGUGUGUGUAAUCUACUAAACUGCACACUGAGCUGGUGGGUGUGUUAUGAGUGAUUUACAAAGAGUUAUUGUAUCAAAUGAUUUUCUACUGAUGGCCGUGGAGAGUUCAGAUCUAACUCCCUGAAAUAUAGGUCUCAUUAGCCACUGUUGCAGUCUCCUUUCAUACGUCAAUGUCCCCACAACAUUAGCAACGGUUAGAAUCGCUUACAAACCAAUGUAAGACUAUGAAAGUGGUGCAACUCUACCUUGACAAAAAUCCAACUAAAUUUGCUUUAUUACAGACAGGUGAUUUAAAUGCAAAUAUACAGUACAUGUAUGCUGAUAACCUUAACUGCUAGAAGCUUGGGCAAAGAAGUGGGAUGUAGACUAAACGAAAAUGUACAGUGAGACAGAAGUUAUCAUAAACCAAUACCUGACAUAAUAGCCUAUAAUAGUCUAAUAAUAAAUCAGAUUAGAGAUUUCAAGACUUACUUUUUAAAUCCACAUAACCAGGAACCAGAACUAACAAGAUUAUAUUAAAAAAAUAUCACAAAGUAUAUGCUUAGUGUAACAAUACCAAUUUAACAACACAUGAUUAUAAAUUCACCAAGUAAUAUAAUGUAAGCUAAAGCAGCAGCCACUCCAAGCUAUCUUAGGUACAUCAGGAUAUAGCCAAAUAAUCUUGUUCUCUUAAUUUGAGGUGUCAAUGAUUAUUUUAUCGAAAUGCUGUAUAUAGUGUGCUGGGGGUUACCGAAAAAUGCUCAUGGCUGCUCUAAACUCAGCUCCAUUAGUAAAAUCUGGAAAUCUGGACUCUGGAAAGUCAACCUCGCCAGGAGAGAUGAAAUGUAACCCAAAAUGGCAUUUGGAUUUCCUAUAUCUAUGCCCAGAAGAGUAAAUCUCACGUAAGUAGGUAUACAGCUGAUUAAAGGCAGUGAGACACACAACUGAUGCAAAACAAGACUUUAAGCUCUCUUUAAAUGUAGUUGGUAUCGGAGGUGCAAAUGUGACUUUGGCAUUAGUUUCAGUCAGUGAGACACACGCUGUGUCUGAAAUCUCAGAUUGAGUCAUUAUAUACAAUGCCUUGCAUAAGUAUAUGCAUCCAUUUUUGCCUUGCGUAAGAGUUUCAGAAUAAAUCCCUCACAACCAUUAGAAUUUGUAAUUAUCUCAAGAAGUCUUAUUUUAAUUUUCAUGUAUAAAGUGUUUGUAUUAUUAUUAUUAUUAUUAUUAUUAUUAAUUGUUUCAUGUGUUAUGUUGGAGAGUACUUUGUGCACGUUCAUAAUUUCUGGCUGAAAAUGCAAACUUUUUUAUAGAAUCAGUUUUUUCCACAUUAUUCAGCUUGCAAUGUGGACUGAUCUUAUUCUGUUUUUUAUUUUAGGGUAUAAAAUUUGCUGUGUUUUUAUUUGUAACUGUUUUAUAAUUUUUUUUAUAUUGGCAACAUUCUGCUUGGCAGGUUUCUAGUAUUUUGUUCAUGGAUAUUCAUCAGCAUGUAUUAGUGAUUGUUCUUUUAUAAAAGCAAUGAUUUUAUCAUGUUUGUGUCAGACACUUACUGUUGCAUGUAUUAUGGCACUUUUUACAUCAGUAUUGUAAAUGAAAUGGCCGUAUUAAUAUUGAUAUUUUGUAUUCUAUGCCCUUAUCGUUUUUAAUGGUGCAUUUAAGGACACCACUAUGGAAUAUAGUGAAGCCCAAUGUGAAUGCAUUUCUGCUUUUUGCUUCUCUAUUUCUCUGAAUGUAAUAAUACUCUACCAUUCACAAAUUGAUGCAUUAUACCAGCCUGCCACAUACUAUAUCUCCCUUCAUUCCUGUUGGAUAACGAGUUUCUAUGAUGUAGAUUAUGUGUAUGCAACUUCAUCAUUUUCAAUUUCCAUCACCAUAGAAACUGUGGUUUGAUUUGUAAGACGCUGCUUGACUGAGACAGUUAUGGAGAUGCGUCUGACCUCGUAACUGGCCUUUUUCCAAGCCUUGUAAAAACACGCCAUCAGGAACAUGUCAAAUGAAGUGUUACUGGAAGUGUUAAGUAAACACUGCUAGUGAAAACAGAACCGGAAUGAAGGCAAAUCAAGUCAGAAUUUUGAUAAUGAACGUAGCAUGUUAAAUCCCUCCAUGACAACUAUGGCAUGAAUCUAGUGAAUCUUGACAUUUUGUUUUCAGAUAUGUUGUUCAUGGUUAUAACAGAUGUCUUGCAGUAUUUAUAAAGGGAACUGUAACUGUGCUGUUAGUAGAAAAUCUCUGGAGUGUUACUGUGAUCGUUCUUCUUUUGUUUCCAUUAAAAGCUUGUGCUUCCUUC